ACAUCUAAAGCACGCACCGACUUUGAUCUCGUUGGGGUCGAACUUAGGCGGCAUGGCGGAGGUGGCUGGUGUCGGAUGAACCCGGAUUCGGGACGACCGAAGAAAGUUGCACCUUUGCCGCCCCGAGCCGAAACCCAAAAGACCGGAAGGUCUUCUGACUGCGCCGGAUAUAGGCAGGAAAGCGCGAUUCUCGCGAGAACCGUCGGCUCCGCCCAGCCUCCCAGCGACGCCCUUGCCGCCGUGUUACUUGUGGGCAGGUGCCCGAGGUUGACGCCGGCUCCGCGCUUCUGCGUUUGGAGGAGACCAGACUCCGGCUCCGCCCGGGCUCGUGCCCGGUGGUCUGCGACCCUGUGUCCAUGACCAAGCCCUACGAGUGAUCUGCCUGCCGUCAGGUCCACCCGUGGGAAGGAGCAUCGGUGACCUGUCCACCCACAAAGCCAGAGUCCUGAAGAUUACUCCAGGGGGGAGAAAAAAGAAUGCCGCUCUUCUUCCGGAAGCGGAAACCCAGUGAAGACGCUCGGAAACGCCUGGAGUAUCAGAUGUGUCUGGCAAAAGAAGCUGGGGCUGACGACAUUCUUGACAUCUCUAAAUGUGAGCUCUCAGAGAUUCCAUUUGGAGCUUUUGCAACAUGCAAAGUUCUACAGAAGAAGGUGUUGGUUGUCCACACGAAUCACCUCACCUCCCUGCUCCCUAAAUCCUGCAGCCUCCUGAGUCUCAUAACCAUCAAGGUUCUGGAUCUUCACGAUAAUCAGCUGUCAGCUCUUCCUGACGACAUAGGGCAGCUGACUGCCCUCCAGGUAUUGAAUGUGGAAAGGAAUCAACUGACGUAUCUCCCACGUUCCAUUGGGAACCUGAUCCAGCUCCAGACCCUCAACGUGAAAGAUAACAAGCUGAAGGAGCUUCCAGACACCCUGGGGGAACUUCGAAGCUUACGUACUCUCGACAUCAGCGAGAACGAGAUGCAGAGGUUACCACAGCUACUCGCGCAUGUUCGAGCCCUGGAAACUCUGAGCCUCGACGCCUCGUCCAUGGUUUACCCCCCGCAGGAAGUGUGCAGUGCCGGCACCCGGGCCAUUCAGCAGUUCCUCUGCAAAGGUAAAGCCAGGCAGCCUGCCUCCUUCGCUCAGCGAAGAAGCACGGUCCCAGCAACCGCCCUGCGCCAGCCCAGACUUGGGGGACAGCAGAGACCGGGGGGACCACAGUUCCCGCCUGCUCGGAGCUCUCCAGAUCUGGCAGGAGACACAAGCAAAGCAGAUGGUCACAGGAAAUCGAGUUACUGGUUAGGUUGGGGCAUCAGGGAAGGUCCGAGAAAGUGGCUUGGCUGAAACCUGAGGGCGUUUAGGACUUAAGAAGGAGAGAAGGCCAUUGCUGGUGGGAGGAGAAGCAUGUUGAAGGGCCUAGAAGGGUAGGGCAGUGGGAAGCGUGUGGCAGAGGGGGCUGGGGAGGCCCUUGGGGCCUGGUGUGUUGCACAGGACAGGGCUCACUCCACCUGCAGGGAGAAGGGCCUGGAGAAAGCAAGUGUGGAGGCCAGGGACCAGUUAGGAGGUCAUUGGGGUCAUCCAGGACCGAGGCCACGGUGGACUGGACUUGGAGAAGUGACAGUGCAGCUAAAACCCAGGGCCACCAUUGGUCCAGGUGCCCAGAGGGGAGGGCAGAGUACCUGGCCACCUCCCGUCUGGCAGAUGGUCUUAAUUAGGGGCUCCUGUCACCUGGGGAACUUGUAGAACACGGCCAAGACUCAUACAGCUGUGGGUGACAGAUGUCAUGGCAAAGCAACAAGAAAGGAAAGCGAAGUCUUCCAUACGUGAUUCCAGAUCAACUGGAUAUUCAUGUGGGGAAAAAGAACCUUAAUUUCUUCCUUCAACAGGCAGCACCAACCAUAGAGUGUUGAUAAAUUACAUUUCACUAACAUCAGAAAGACACCAUUUAGGGAAAGAGGGCAAGCCAUGAAGUUGGAAAGGAUCUGUCCAUAUGAAUAUAUGUCGGAAGCCAAGUACAGAAAUACUCACGGCAGCACUGUUCAUAAUAGCCCAAACCGCACACAACCCAAAUGCCCGUCGGUGGUGGAACGGGUCAGUACGCUGUCUCAGACUCACACGUGAAUACGAUACAGCAGUCAAAAGGAACAAAAAAAGCAGUCUUACUGCUACGGCCACGGUGAACCUCGCAGACACUUUUAUCAGCACACGAGCACUGACCCCAAACCGAGUCCUGUUCAUAAGGGUGAUUUCACUCUUAAACAUUCACCAAGCUAUACGUGAAGAGUUUUUGCUCUUUUCUGUAUGUAUGUGAUACUUCAGUUAAAAAAAAAAGUUACACAUCCCACAACGGCUCCUCAGGCCACACACCUACCAAAUUAGUCUUCGAGCAACAGGUGACUCCGAUGUGUACCCCAGCCAAUAGCCGAGCUAGACAAAUUCUUCGAGUAUAAUUAACAUAGUGUUACAUUAGCUUCAGGUGUACCACAUGAGGACUUAAUUCUGUACGUGACUCAGUGCUCAUCUUGUUUAAGCCAUUAAAGGAAUUGAAUUUUGAGGUUCAUAACUUGAAGUUCAAAGACUUGGUCUUGUUUGGACACAGCUGGCACCAGAGCUUCAGUCUCUCUCUGUUUCUCUGUCUCGUGCUCUCCAGCUCUUUCCCAUGCUUUUCCCUGCAUGACCUUCAUUUCUCAGAAAGGAACCUUCAUUGCAGGGACAAAGAAAGUCAUGAGCAACUCAAGCACUGCAUUCAACCUUUGGCACCAGCUAAAAGUCUAAGGCUGAUUCUCCCUGUGCUUCUAAAUCCCCUUCUCCUGUGCCACCCAUCCCCCCACCCAAACCCUUUAUCUUCCUUAAAAAGAUUUUUCAAUUAUGCGAUUUCUAGGUAUAGAGAAGACAAAGAAUAAGGCAGUGAACAUGUGUAGGCUUGCUCUGCAGCUUAAGAAGUAAUUCUUCAAUUUGUUUACACGGUGUAGUAUGUAUAAAUAUGUACAUAAAUUUGGGGGGUUUGCUCUCUGAAAAACAUCUUUUAAAAUCCACAAAAGAUAGUGCACUAUUGUGAUUCUGAGCCCUGCUUUUCUCACUCAAAAAUAGGCCUUGGGCCUUUUCCUAUCUCAUGACGGAUGCAUCUGUCUUGUUUUAAAGUUCUAUCUAGUAUGUCACGUGUUGGAGCCCCGCAGCUUAUGUAGCCUUCCUCUUAUAGUGAACGUGAGCUUAUUUCCAGUCUUCCACUGUUGUAAGCACGUUAACCCAGCCCUCUCUGGCACCGUGGGCGUAUUCCUCCAGGGCAGGCCACAGUGGGGCUGGCAGGCGAAAGGGGCCAAGCGCUGUGCGCUGCAGCAGUUUAGGUUCCUGUGAGUAGCUUCUGAGAGGACCCUUUUCUCCUUCCCACAAAUAACACUUGGUGUGUCAUCUUUAAAGUUCUUCUUAGUUUUUUUAUUCCGGUGGAUAAAAGCAGCCUACUAUUAUUGUAAUGUCAUGUCCUUGGUUUUUUGAAUAUUUUUUCAUACGCCUACUGGCCAUUUUUAGUAUUUCUUUUCCUGUUUAUAUUUUUAAAAGACAGCUUUGACCAUAUUAAAAUCUAAAAGUUCUUUACCUCAAAAGGAUCCCAUCAUUAAAGUUAAAAAGGUUACCAUCUAGGGGCGCCUGGGUGGCUCAGUCGUUAAGCG